AUGACAAAAUUGUCAAUAUUAUCAGAUUUCGAAAUGUUUUGUCUUAGUAUAAGUGAUACAAGCAGACAUCUUGUGGAAGAAGAUAAUGAUUUAAAAUGUGGUAAUAAGAUACUGGAAACAUCAUGUGGACUCGUCAACAUAGUUCGGGAUUAUUGUUUUACUUUAUUCAGAAAGAGCUAUACAAAUGUUUCUGAAAGCUGUUGUAGAAAUUCAUAUAUCUACUACCUUCAUGAAUACUAUUCACAUGUUACUUCUAAUUUGCAAAACAAAUUUUAUAUUCUUGAGCAUGAAACUCGUGGAAAAGUCAUAAAAGCUAAAACACAUUGA